AUGUCUUCCAAAACGCCUCGGCGAUCCGUUGCCGGAGUUGACGGACAGCCGGGCCAGUCCUCUUCAACUUCUUCCAGCAGCUCCUCGAGCUCAACGACCACGUCCACGUCAACAACACGCAGCACCACCUCCUUCACCUACACGGUCUUGGAGGGCAAAUGUCCAGUGCCUGUGGUGGACAGCACCGUGAACGUCACAGAUUGUUUCGCAAAAGGUCCUGGUGAAACUUGUACGUUGCGAUGUAUCUAUGGGUAUGUUGGUGAAGCAUCGCUCUACACCUGCACUGCAAGCACCGAUGGAGAAGUCUUUGUUGGUACUCCUCCCAGCUGCGUCCAAAGCACAACCACAACCUUUACUGCAACCACCACAUCCAGCACCACUUCGCUGACGACCACCGUCACGGUUCUGGUGCGUUGCACUGAUGGCAUUCCCUCGGGCGUCGGGGUGAAUGCCACAGACUGCUUCGAGCUGUACAACGGACAGAGCUGCAAUGCCACAUGCGUGGCACCGUUCGAGGGAGGGCCCAUUGAGUAUGUCUGCGAUCCCUCGACGGCAUCUCUGACGGGGCCUGAACUCACGUGCAAACUCAAGGAGUGCGAGGUCUCCCAGCUGCCCAGCAAUUUGAGCACGGACGAUUGCGUCGGGAAGGUGGUUGGAGAGUUCUGCACUUUGUCUUGCCCCCUGGGCUAUACCGGGCAGGAGGAGCUCUUGGAAUGCACCGAGACUGGUGCCUUCUCGGGUGCCCAGCCUUCCUGUGAGCUGUUGGCCUGCGAGAUUGGCAAUUUGCCGGUGCUGCCCGGUGUGGACAUCAGUGGUUGCUUAAACCUCUUUGCGGGCAGCAACUGCAGCGUCACCUGCGAUGUUGGAUAUGAGGGCGCUCCAUCCAGCUAUGUGUGCGACCUCUACGGCAUCUUCAACGGAAGCGCUCCCAGUUGCAGUCCUAAGAGCUGUUCAGUGCCCAGCUAUUUGGAGGGCAAUUCUUCCUUCAAUGCUUCGUCCUGCUACGGCCUCUUUCACGGUCAGACCUGCUUGAGCGAGUGUAUGGUGGGCUAUGCCGGGCUUCCCUCUCAACACCUUUGUAGUGAUGGAACGCUGCUGGGUGCCGCGCCCAGCUGCACGCCCGAGCCAUGCACCUUUGAAGGCUUUGCUUUGGGCGUAGCCUUAGACCCCUCGCCAUGCAGCGGCACAACGUCGGGUCAGAGUUGCCACCUGCAAUGCGUGCAGGGCUAUGAGCUCGUAGGUGAUGGUACCUUGACAUGUCAAGCCGAGACGGGCACCUUCACUAGCAGCAGCGCCAGCUGCGAGCCGGCGAAGUGCGGCAACCUCUCCACUUUGUCCGUCUUCGCCAGUGCUGGCGUGGGUGAUUCAUGCAGCAACCUGGUCUUUGGGCAGGGCUGCUUUGCCUUCUGCCAGCAGGGAUAUCAGCUGGAUGGCAAUGUGAGUCUCAUGCAGUGUGCGGACGCUGGAACUUCCAGCGCUGGCUUUGUCGAAGUAUUGGAAGGAGGAAGUCAGUUGGCUGCGGUGAACUCGAGUGGCCCCAGUUGUACAGCCAAGCCUUGCACGGCAGGGGUCCCAAAUCUUCGGGGUGCCACGCAUGACUGCGAAGGCAAAGUGACCGGUGAGACCUGCACUAUCAGUGCGGAGCUUGGCUUCAUUCUCACAGGACCCAGUACCUUGACCUGUCAGGCCGAUGGUUCCUUCACACAGGACCUGCCCACCAUCGAGGCUGCAACCUGUGCAGAUCCAACCUUUGAAACGGGCGUGGGAAGCACCUGCGAUAACAAGACCAUUGGAGCCGACUGCUGGGCCUACUGCCUCAGUGGAUAUUCCGGCACUCCAAAAGCCUACCGCUGCCAAGCCAAUGUGACCGCCAAUGCGGUGCAGAUCGAACCUUUAGGAGAUGCAGUAGUCUGUGUCAGUACUGGUAGUGGGCGACGCCUGUCAUCCUCCAAUUGUUUGGACAGCUCGGCGGUGGUGGUUGGCCUCUCCACUGAUUCCUUCACACAUGACUGCACCGGAAAGGCGAACAACGACGCCUGCGUGGCACAUUGCUCCCUGGGUUGGAACAUGACGGAAACAGAGCCCUCCAUCUUCACCUGUCAGAACGGUGCUUUGGUGGGUGCCUCGUUGCCUACCUGUACUGCGAUACCAUGCACUUUUGCAUUCCCAAAUGCCCUGGGUGUGUUACACACAUGCGAUGGUGUUGUCACUGGACAGACAUGCAUUGCAAGCUGCACGGAAGCUGGCUUCAACUACUCCGCAGGGCAGGUGGCAGAAAGCUUCACGUGCUUGGCGACUGGCAGUCUCAGCGGCACGUCCCCCACCUGUGAGCGCAUCACCUGUCCUGAUUUGCAGCUGGAGAGUCAGUACUUGCACAACUGCCAAGGCCAACGCUUCCAGGACACUUGUGAAGUGGGCUGUGGCCAAGGCUAUAGCUUAUCAGGCUCCAGUAGCAGGAGAGAAUGUCAGGCUGAUGGAAGCUUCAGUGGAGGGCUACCCACUUGCGUGGGGAAUCCAUGUGAUCAGACCCUGCCCGACAAUCCGACCGUGAACAGCACCAGUUGCAACGGCCUGGUCACUGGACAAUCUUGCGAGGUGACCUGCGCUGAUGGCUUCCUCCCGGGCAACGCGUCCUUGACCUGCGAUGCCUCCGGCUACAUCCUGGGCACCAUGCCCAGCUGUAAGCCGCUCACCUGUGCGGACAAGUCUUGGGCGGCCUCCUUCCGUAGCACCUGCAGUGGCACAACGUAUGGCAGCAAGUGUGCAGUGUAUUGCGCACCGGGGUACACCAGCUCCGGGGUUCAGGAGUGGCAGUGUGCUUGGGCGGAUGGCCAAGUGCAACUGCAAGGAACCUUACCCACCUGUGAGCCCCAGGCGUGUACCUCGGGCCUGCCAGCGGACAGCUCAUCGGUCACCAGCAACUGCUCAACUGUGACGACAGGUGAGACCUGCCUGCAGACCUGCGCCGAUGGCUACACCUACUCUGCCUCGGCGUCUCCCAGUGUUUGGACCUGUCAAGAGGACGGAGCUGCCUCUGGCAGUUCGACCAGCUGCCAAGCGAUUGGCUGUGACACUGCGCUGGUUGCCACAGGGAUGGCGCACACCUGCGCUGGCAUCGUCUUUGGUGCCUCCUGCUUUGCCUUCUGCGACGUCGGCUACACAUCGUCCAACGCAGCCGUGACGUCACAGCGCUGGCACUGUGCAGGCAGCUCCGCUGGCUCUUUGGUGCCCGGCCUCACUGAGACAGAUGGGGUGGGGCUUCGGGGCACCUUACCCAGUUGCAGCCCGCUGCCAUGCCUGUACAACCUCCCGGUGGGCGCGCAGUAUGACCAUAACUGCAGCACUGUGGGCACAGGUGAGACCUGCGUGGUUGGCUGUGCUUCGAGUUUUUAUGGCAUUCCAGAGAGUCGCACGUGCAACUCCAACCGCCUUCUGGAAGGUGCUUUGCCCGUUUGCAUUUUGACAUCCACUACGAUCACCUCCACCACAAGUGUCAGCAGCACCCAGACCAUCACAACGACAUCGACAGUCACUACCCUUCCCUUUCUUUGUACUCCCGACUACAUCCCUUGGGUGCAAGGCGCCGGCAACUUCAGCUGCUUCGGUGAGCUGGGCAUCGGUCAGCGCUGCGUGGCUCCCUGCGCAGAUGGCGGGCCACAAGCCGUCAUCGUUUGCUGGACGAACCGGCAAUGGCAACUGCAAGAGGCCUGCCAUACGGAAGAUGCUUCGCCGCUGAUACCCAUUUUCGUGGUGACCCUGAGCAUCAUGUGUGCAUUGGUGCUGUUUUCGGGAGCCGGACUCUAUUGCUUCCUCAAGACGCCAAAGACUGCCCCGAUUGAAGUGGAACCAUCAGCAGGUGCCAAAUCGCCCAAGUCCCCGCUCUCGAUGUCGCCCACGUCACCGAUCUCCCCGGGCCGGAUCCCGCCGCAGAGGGUAUCGGUGGAUAUGCCACAGGGGGCAAGCUAUGCAUGGAUGAAUGAAGCCAGAAGGCCCAUCCACCCCAUGGAUCUAGACUUGAUGACGAUGGACACGCUUCUCAGUCCGCAACAUUGGCAGCCAUCGCAGCCGCCCACCCUGCCAUCUGCGCCCAUCAUGGCACCGCAUGGUUACCAACAGAGUCUUAGCUUUAUCGCACUCGAUGAGAUGUUUGCCGGUACGAACCCACCCAUGAUGACCACCUAUCGAAGGCCACCUGCGCCCGACACCGUGGUCCAAGUCGAAGAUGACCCUUCCUUCAGAGUAUGGGUGCAGCACUAAGAUGUCGCACCUUAUAACGAUCCCAACCGCCCAGGCGGCCCAGGCUUCCCCUGAUGCUGCGCAGCUAGGGGAGCGCUAAGAAUCCAGUCGGACACUGAACCACA